AUGAAUUCAAGACGAGCACCGAAGCAAGAACUAGGAGACCCGUUGAUCCCACAAGAGCAACAGCAACUACUUCGAGAUCAACUGGGUCAAACGCCACCGAUGAGCCAUAUGCCAUCGAACGUGUCUGCUGCAGGUGGGGUUGAGACUCCUCCACCACAACAUUUCGUGUCGCCUGAUGAGGGCGAUCACGCAUCCGGGGAACGAGGCCCACAAUAUCAAGCUCAAGCUCAAGCGAGAUCGCCACCAAUAUCGUCGAGAACCAUGAACAUAAUUGGUAGAGCCGCUCCAAUUCCGGAAGAUGCCUCCUCAGAGGUCCCGAUGGAUAUGGAGGACGUCUCGGUCGUCUUCGAUAUGACCGCGAUUGCGCGAGGGGUGAGAUUGAUAAUUAUACAUAGUACUUAGUCAAUCAUUUACAUCUGGGUCACAACUUAAUAUUAUAUACAUAGUACUUAGUUAGAUCAUAUUACCUCGCUAACGCUAAGCCGGUUAGAUUUUUCUUGCAAAAGAAGAUAACCAGUUAGAUUCUUGCACUAAGAAGUAGUGGUUAGAUCAGAUUUCUCGUUCUCGUCUGGUAUCUUUCAGAUUCUUCAACCAGUCUUAUUUGCUUCGAUAUACUCAACUCUACAUUUUCUCUCCUCCCUCAAAAAAAGGUUAAGAUGGCACUUUCAUUUCUCAAAAGGUAGGUCUUGUAGGUUUCCGCGAGCGCCAGCUGCAUGCACGCCCGCCUGCCCGCCCUGCAUACUGGUGAGUGGGAUAUUCUUGCGUUGAUGCGUGCUGCGCAACACGCUUCAGUCAAUGAUCAGCGCUCGCAUCAUCAUUCUAUCAAAGGCAACGCCACGACAUCAUUGCUCAAUCGAUCGCGUUCAGCUCAGUAAUCAACAAUCAUCGCGCGCCCGCGCCCGCCCGCUUGUUAGUAGUGCGAAUACCACUCUUCUCCGGUAGCUUCUCCGCAAGCAGGCCGCCCGCCCAAACACAUCGCUCGCAUUAGCAUUUUUGCCUCAGACAAUGACAACUACUAUCCUACAGUAUAAUAAAAUAAUGAACAACAACCACAAACAUUAGGGAGCUAACGAUCUUUCCGAAGACGAGGGCGCUUCCUCUUUUAUCGCUGACGAUUUUGAGGAGAUGGCUGGACGGGGAGGACCUUUGUUCGGUGCUCAACCUACAACUCCCGGCAGCAACCAACCAGGAGGAACUACUUUUAUCGAUCCUUACCUUGGUACUGAGGCUGCGGUUGCUACUUUUAUGGUCAUAAUCAGUUGCAAGAUAAUUCUUGCUUUUCAUCCUCGUGGUCGGUCUACUACAUCUGAUAUUAUAUUCAGAGUAGGACAUCAGACUUCUCUUGUACAACCUGUAGUUUUAUCAACUUAUAUAUAAUGAUUUUUCUGGAAAGAAUGGGUCGUGGUUCGCACAAUUCAUCUAAUCCACCUGGUUCCGCAAGUAGCACAGCAGUUGCAGGCGGCGGGCGCAAGCGCAAGGGCGCUCCAGUCGACUCCGUGACAGCUGGACAGGAACAGGGCGACUUAAAGAGGAGAGCCGGAAGAAACGCAAAGCUGUCGGUUCAGAUCGACGCGAAUUCCCUGGAAACUGGUGUGAGGAACUAUUUCAUGGAACAGAGGGGGCAAAAUGGCGCGGGUCCAGCGGAAGGCGGAGCAGCACAGCCGAUUUUGGUGCGCGGAGUCAUAUUGUACACAGUCUAUAUGGCGUUGAAUAAAGCGAGUGGUCCGCAGCAGCCAACGAUUCCAGGAGGAACAUGCACUGGUAAUGAAUUUGAUGCUUCUCGAUCUCAUGUACUUCUAGAUGAAGAUGCUACAAUCACAGUACUUAGAUAGACAUAGACAUUUGAAUCUUGCUCAUCCUUGUUUCUCUGUUUCUCCUAAACCUCCACAUUCGGUACUGGCCUCGAACAUUCCAGGUGGCGAACUCGGUACUGGCACAGCUGCAUCAUCUGCCCAGUUGCACAAGGAGGCGAUUGACGUAAAACUGUCGGACAUCAAAGCGCACUUUGCAGCCAAACUGGGAGUACCGAAACACCUAUUGCAGAUCAGAAACCAAUGGACAGGAGAGCUGCUCAUGAGUGAGCGGAUCAGUUUUGAUACAUUUCAAGACAUGCAGGUUUCUUGCGACGUGGAUCAGGAAGUUCGAAAGCUAUUGGUCGAAGUGCUCAUUGGGACGGGGAAGGUAAUUCUAGUUGACUGAAGAAGGAUCAGUACAACUUCCGUCGAGGAUUCGAAGAUUGCAAGAACAUCAAUAAUGAUUUCCUACUACAACAACUUCGCCGUUUCAUCUAUUUCACACCUAUAUAUAUAUAUGAUUCAGGUAUUUGGUGCCCGCACGAGUUUGGUGCUCGGGCGGGAUCAUAUGCCGGUCGUCUCCCAAGCCAGUGACCUCUUCCGCUUUCCCGAGACCGCAGAUGCUCCACUUCUGCCGGUUUUUGAAGGUUUUUUUGAACUGCAAGGAUCGUUUAGUGAUAUCUACGUCGAGGUGCGCAGGCAGUGGGAAGUAUUGUUUGGGUCAGGCCAGGAUGGUGCACAACAUUAAGGGUAUGCUAACGGUGUUCCUGUUGCCGUUUGUUAUGGCUCUCCUAAGGGGUGCAGGCAUAACAAACGGGAUAAACGAACACCAAAAACCUACCUCUAACAACAAGAAGGGAAGCUUAUUCGGCAACAGCUGAAACCAAAGGGAGAACAGAAGACAAGGAUAUUGCAGUACUCUACUAUUGGAAAUAUUUUGAUUUUCUUCCUAUAAUCAAUCUGAAUCAUUCAUCAGGUUUUUGUUUUAGUUUUGUGACGAGGUCGCGGUGAUUCAAAGAACAAGGAUAUUUCUUCAUUUCGAUCUCCAGUGAAUUUGGCUUCCAGGUACAAACUCGCAUUAUCUACCCCUAAUGACGGCGAUCAACUAGCUGCGCAAGCAGAUCAAAUUAGGAUGGAUCAAACUGCCCCCGCUUCCUCAGAGAAGGAACUACUCGCGCCUACAGGUUUGCAGGAAUUAGCGCAGGGACAAGAACUUCUUCUUUGGAGUCACGCCGCGUCGAGGAAAGGGAGUGGGGACGAUAUGGUCACAGAAAAGCUGUACCAAUCCCUGUAUCAUGCACUCAGAGCCGAGGAGAAAAGGAAGAGGAUGGGCCAUCUAGGCUACUUCGAGGAAGUAGUGACUCGUGAUGAUGCAGAAUUGAGGCAAAUUCACGAGGCUGCGCAUGCUUUGCAUUAUGGUCAACCUUUCAACUUUUUCAAUAUUUACUCGGGAGAACAACGACAUGAAUGAUAUCAUGACAGUCGCAAUCGAUUUUGUGCAUCGUGAUGUUCAGACGAUUUUGCGCAAUCGAUUUUGUGCAGCAAGGAGCAACAUGGGCUCUACUCCUGAAGCUACAACUACAUUCUCCCUCUCUAAUCUGUAGACCUUCGUCCCAAGACACAAACCGAAACGCAGGUUGGCCUUCAGACGGGCAGCAAUCCUCUUCUUUUCGCUUCUGCAGCUAGUAUCAGGAAUAUGGACAGCGCUGACAUCAACAAGAUGUUCAAUGAGCGACUUUCUGGAAGUGUGAAUGCCGCUUUUCCAGGAAUCUUUGUCUACACUGAUAACGUGAGGAAAAAAACCUAUGGUCUAGUUAGCUGGUGGUACAGAAAGGCAAUAGAGAAGCAGAAAACUGUCGUAAGGGCGGGGGCAGAAGAAGAAGAAGAUACAAGAAAAGCAGGGAGAAGAACUUCUGCGGCUAAUAUUACAGGUGGUUGUGAAGACGCGGCUAGUGGAGGUAAUGAUGACUCCACUAUGGGGCAAGGAGGUCAAACACAAGGGUCUCCAGAAGAGGACAGCAAGAAGAAAGGAGAACACAUUUCUAUAGGUCCUCGCACCGUAUUACGCGCUCUGAGGAGUGUAAGGAGUGCAACUACAGCCUCGACCGGCUCGUCGAAUCCUUUGAAAGAUCGCCUUAACGCCUUCUUGAGAGGAGGUCGGGGGACUACGACUGGUGCGUCGAGUAGUUCAAUGAACAAUCCUUUUCUUCAAGCCGUUGCAGGUUCAGGCUUAUCUCAACAACAGACUCAGAGUCAAGCAGAAGAUGUUUCUUCUGCAGCUGCUGCUGCCGACGAAGAUGAUGACCAAACUACAAGCCCAGCAGCAGACGGUACUGGAGAUGCAGAGAAGAAGAUCACCAGUAGCGAGCAGCAGAUGGAAAAAUACUUUGUCUAUGAGUACUAUUCGAGUAUUGGACUUUCUGACUCGGCUGCUGCAUUUUUGCAAUCACCGGAAGCUCAGGUAGAGGGGGAAUGGUACAAUCCAGGAAUGACAAUUAGGGUUUCCACAAAUCCAUCUCCAAAGGCAUCCUGGAAACGCGUUUAAAGGGGGAAAGGGUUUCAGGAUGCUCUUUAGCAUGAUGGAUUUAGGGAAUGUCUAAUACUAGGAGUGGCGCUUCUGGUUCAUCAGCGAGUGGAGGUGACCGGUUCCACGAGUUUAGUGGAGCCUUUACUGCGGGUAGUCGAGACGGAGCAGGGCAGGGUUCUGGCAGCCGUGGAGGCGCUACCCCUGGAGGGUCAUCGGUUUGUUCCGCUUGGCCCAGUAUCUGGGGAGGCAGCGCCAAUGUCCCUGUAGGAGGUAGCAGCUGCACGAAUGGCGCUGCGUCGAGUAGUACUAUCGCCACUCCGCAAAACGGAUUGAUGAACGCUUCGGUUACGACUGCUUCGACUUCCUUCGGCGCCAGUCUGUCCACUGGAAGUUGUGCAAGCGGUGCAGCAAACAAUGUAAUGUGCAAUUCGUUCGACUGGGGUCCUCCUGGCAGCACUGGCCACGGAGACGCAGAUCAUAUGAGCAGUGAUCCAAACAGUUGUACUGGUGGUAGCACGGGAGGCCCUUUGUCUGAGGUUGGACACACGUCGCUCGCAAGUGCUCGUUCUGCGAGCAAUUUGACGAUAGGACAAUUUCUGUGUAAUCGAGCAGGCUCAACUUCCUCUCGCGCGACGUCUGUGGGGGGUUUCGGAACCACAGGAUUUGGCACUCCGGUUUGUCUCACAAGACAACUUAGUAACGACCAAGAGCCGCGUCUUUCAGGAGGAAUAGCGUCCCCACAAGUGUCACCGCCACCUGCUUAUGCUUUUGGUGCUGGUGGCCAAAGUUCCAGUGCUGGCACAACUGCUACAAUUGAUCCUGCAAGUGGGAGUGCUGGUGGAGCUCCUUUUGCAAUGUCUACUUCUAUGUUAACACAACCAGGUCCUCCUCGAGUUCUCGGAAGGAGCAAGAGCGAGGCAUCAGCAGUGACGUCGCAGUUCCAACAUCCUCCUACAGCACCUGCAGCAGGUUUAACACAGAGCAGUUUAUGUUUAACACAGAGUAGUUUUCGUUGGGGAGAUGGUGCCACUUCCUUCCUUCAACAAUCAACUCAACAGCCAGGAGCACCGCCACAAGCACCGGUACAACAGGAACAGCCUAUGGCUUCACAAGAACAAGGAGCACCUGUUCAGGCACUUUCAUCUUCAAGAUCGGGUUUCAUGCAGCGCUAUGGUGCUUGGACGACGUCCCUGCCUGCGACUACGCAACAAAACACUUUCAUGACUCUUGGUACAUCUACUACUCAACGCUUUGUAACCAGCGUCACAGGUACAGUCCCUCCAUGGUUUCAACAGCAUCCAACAGUUGCUUCUAUUAAGGGUAGGCUUUAGGUGUUCCUGUGGUUACAACUGUUCGUUUUGCCUUUCUUAAGGACGAAAGGCAUACCGAACGGGAUAAGCGAACACCCACACCCUCCCUCUAAUUCUAGCGUCCCGGUUCCGCAUGCAACUUCAAAUCCAAAUGCUGCUCAGCAAGCACAGCAGGCGACUUAUCUAGCAGCCACUGGCGGAUCGCAGACGGCUUCGCAUCCACUCUUAGUUGCAGGCAUGCCACAAGGUCAUGACUUCGGUAUAAUGCUACCUCCAGCACUACAAUCAUUACCAUUAGGUGGAGCUGCUUCAUCCGCGGCCCAUCAACAUUUUGAGCGCGUAAUACCUCCAACAGCACCAGCUCAAAGAAAAAGGACUAUGGAGGUGGCGUCUGAUCGUACAGCUGCUGGCACUAGUUCGGCGCCAGUACCGAGGGGAGUGAUGUUGUUACGCCAACAUCCAGGAGGACCGGAAGAGUCGCCUGUACCAACCAGAGCAGUAGUGAUUAAGGGUUCCCACAUUACAUCCUUCACUAGCAUCCCUGACUCUUUUUUCAGUAGGAAAUGAGUCAGGGAUGUUCUGAGGAAUGCAAUUCCGUAACCUCUAAAGUGAAAGUAAAUCCACCGCAGGGCCAACACUUCGGGUGUUUUGAUAGUGGUACUCAACAAAGUGGGACGACUCCUGAUCAGAAGAUGUCAAAUAAUCCAGGCUGCACGAAGAUUGCUGGUGCGUCUUGUGCUAGUUCAACCUCUUUGUCAGGUUUAUUUCAUCCACCAGCUUCGUCACCUAGUGGCGCAUUUGGUGCUCCUGGAGCCACUACGGGUUCGGCUCCCCAUGGAACGUUACCUAUAGUUGGUGCUCCUGGAGCCACUAUGGGUUCGGCUCCUCAACAUGGAACUACGCUACCUAGUAUAGCAGGUGGGCGGCCCUGUUUAUUUGCUCAACAGCAACACCAGAAGGCACUCCAUCCCCUACUUCUACAACAAGUGCAGCAUCAGCACCAUCUGGAACAUCCUGGUACUACAACUAGUUCUCAACCACAAACAUCACGCUGUAGUGUUCCUAGUGUCAGUGCGUCAUGUAGUACUCCAAGUAGAGCUGGACAACAGGAUGAUCAUGUUCUGGAUCAUCAACAGCAACAGCACUUUCAAGACUAUGUGGAUGCACAACACCAGCAUCUGGUGCGUCCUCCUCAACCCGUCCUCCUCCCAGCUCAGGUGGUGAACCGGCAACGCGGUGAAUCGCAAGACGAAGACGACUUCAUCAGUUCUUCUUGUAAGAAGAAGAAGCUUGGAGGUGUCACACCUUUCUCAGACGACGCUCUUACCAGUCAGGGACUAUCCUUCAUUCCUCCCAAUGAGGGACUAAAUCAUCCUUUUCUCAACCAAGGAGCAUUCUCAACCGGCAUGGUACAACAACAUGCAGCAGGUGGUGCAACUUAUGAACCCCUAGAUAUCUGUAUAUCUAGAGUACUUAGUUCUAGUUGUUCUCACUAGCAACAUGCUUAGACUUUUAUUCUAAUAGACUGCAGGUCCAGGUCGUACCGUUGUAGUUUUCCGCGAACAAGCUAUACCAGUGUAGAGAUGAUUACUUAUCUCACUUAGCAUAUUUUGAGCGAAAACAAAAAACUGAGAAAGAGCUAGGUCUUUUGCGCAGCUUCUAUUUCUUCUAACAACAUCAAGGCGAUCAGGUGGCCUCGAGUGGUGCGGGGAACAUGCCUCAAACUGAGAGUUCUGUGCGGUUUCUGAUCUACUUCUCGGUAAGCGGUUCCGCUUUUGAUGCUGAUGAGCAGGAUGUUGACGACGAUUCAGUUUAG